UAACCGGUGACCACCACUACCACCACCACCACCACCACCACCGUCACCGUCACCGUCAUCCGCCUCUACAUUCCGGCACCGUCAAACCAAAUGCCCUAAGUACAUACAUAUCUUUACACAAUUACUAACACAAAAUGACUUCAACUGACACUUCAAAUUUCGAUCUCAGCUCCAGCUUUGGCGCCAGUGAGGAAUAUGCAUUUGCAAAUGUGGAUAAUUUAGAUCAUUGUACAAAAUAUCUAAAUCAAACAUUAGUCACUUUCGGAUUUCCGGCUUCUCUGGAUCUCUUUGCUACUGAUCCGGUUUCGAUUGCAAGGACUUGCAAUUGUAUGUACUCGUUGUUGCAGCAGAGGCAGCGUGAUAUCGAGUUUCGUGAAUCUGCUAAUGAUCAAAGGCAGCGACUCUCGUCGGACAUAACAAGACUAGAGUAUAAAGUAGAGAGGUUGGAGUCACAGUUGUCUGCUAAAGAUAGAGAAAUAGCAACCAUUACGCGGACGGAAGCUAAAGCGAAAGCAGGCCUUAAGACUCAAAUUGAGAAAUUGCAGCAGGAAAGAGAUGAAUUCCAAAAGAUGGUCAUUGGAAACCAGCAAGUCCGAACUCAACAGAUACACGAGAUGAAGAAAAAAGAAAAAGAGUACAUUAAGUUGCAGGAGCGACUAAAUCAAGUGAUGAUGGAGAAAAAGAAGGAAUCUAGAUCUGGCAUGGAGAUUAUGAAUUUACUUCAGAAAGAAGGGCGGCAGCGUGGGACAUGGAAUGGGAAGAAGGCUGACAAUGAUUUCUAUAAAAAGAUUGUUGAUGCAUAUGAGGCAAAGAAUCAAGAACUGGUCACUGAAAAUUCUGAUCUAAGGGCAUUGUUACGAUCAAUGCAGGUGGAUAUGCGAGAUUUUCUAAAUGCUCCAAAUGGUUCGUCCAAAAAUCCUUCCCCCCACCAUGAAAGGAAUGUUGAAGCCUCACAAUCCCCAUUGGGUGGGAGGACGGAUGUCUUUGAUCUACCAUUUCAUAUGGGUAGAGAUCAAAUAACAGCAUUUCUUCGAAACAAGGUGGCUUCAAUAAAGGAGCGUAUGGGUCAGCUACAAGAUGCACAAAAAGAAGCUGAAGUAAUUUCCGAAGCAAGUGAGAGAGAGCUCGAGUUAGAAGCUCAACUUGUUGAAGCAAGAAGUAUAAUCCAAGAGCAGGCAUCUAUCAUGUCUAAGCACCUUGCGAAGUCUGAGAAACCAAGGAGGCUGAGUGGCCAUUUAAAUUCUGAAAGGGAUUCCAUCACGCCAUCAGCUGCUGAGUGAUCGGAUUUUGACUGAUGUUCAUGGUGUAUGAAAUUCAAUUGAUGCUGACACAAAGGACUUUGCAACUUGCUGUUACCAUUCCACAAGCCGAGGUUUGAUUUCAUUUAUUUUGCUAGCAUGUGCCAUGCAGUAGUACUUCCAUGUUUCUCAAUUCAUGUCAUCAGUCUCUUUGAUCAUCAUUUUUAGUUACUUGAGUAGCUAGUUCUAGAAAUGUCUUAAAUAUGUGCUUCCACCAAUAGGAACAUUGAUUAGUCUUGACUUAACCGUAUGGAGAAUCUCCAUUCUCCAAAGCUCUUUAAUUGAUUUGCCGAUUCUUUCUGUA